AUGAAAACAAAUACCACAGUUGAUCCUACUGAUCCUGACCUCGCAUUUUUAUACAGUGUUCUGUCUGACAUGAAGUCUAUGAACUCUAACCAGAAACGGCAUUUCAAAAUGGGCAUUUUAAAUUUGGCCGAGCAAAUACUAUCCUCAACCAAUCUGGAAGCUACUACUCCACCAAUGGAUGGUUCUCAAUCUUGGGUUGAAGACUCGGUGAAUAGAAAUCCAGGUUCAAUCCCGCAAACCAACACGGACCCUUUCAAUAUGACUGAGUUUAUACGAUACAAUAAUUAA